CCUCUUGGUGGGGACGAAUGCUAAGGUACUAGCUUGUCUGAUUUAUUUUUUAUGAAUAUUCAAGUGUGAAAAUCAAAUUAUYACACAAGUCAACUAGAUUACACGCUUCGCUUUAACAGUUUAUCUCGUGUAGUUUCGCGGUGGAAAACAUAUAUUUUGGAGAUUAACAGCACGUGCGAACGGAGAGUUUGUAAACACGCGUGGGUUUGGAAGAAGCAUGACUUACGUGUAAAACCCACUAAGUUAUAGUUUGUUAAGCUGGAACAUCAGCUGUUUUAGAAGAAAAGCAUUAGGUGAAAGGAGGACAAAAACUCUGAGGUUGUCUUCCAGCCCUCAUGAGGUGAUGCUGCAUUUGCUCCGCCCCCCUCUUCAGAGGACUCUCUUCUGUCUACGAUGGAGGUGCCCAAGCUCCUUCUUCUCCACCGAGCCUCACUCAGUCCAGGGCGAGGACUCACCAGAGACCCGCCGGAACCCCCUAAACAUUCAGAUGCUCUCCAGAAACCUCCACGAGCAGAUCUUUCGUGGCGUGGAGCCCGAGUACAGAGAGCACGACGUCCAGCACAGCAUCAGGCACUUGGAGAAGCACAACCUGUGGGGGAAAGAAACGUCGCUGUUGCCAGACGUCGAACUCAAACUCCCGCAGAUGUARGGGCAAAACAUCGAUGAGCACUUCCGCAUCUUAGCUGAGAAGCAGAGCCUUCCCUACCUCGAGGCUGCCACUGAGCUGCUUCGGGCCGAGCUGCCUCCCAUGCCUCAGGAGUGGAGCUGGGAGGUUGGGUGGACGCGUUACGGGCCCAACGGGGAGAGUCAGAUAGUUGAUUUCCCAGAUGAGUCCGCCCUAGUGUUUGAUGUGGAGGUGUGCAUUUCGGAGGGGCAGUGCCCUACACUGGCAGUUGCUCUGUCUCCUACCAACUGGUACUCCUGGUGCAGUAAACGUCUGAUUGAGGAACGAUACUCCUGGUCGAACCACCUGACCCUUGCUGACCUCAUUCCACUAGAAACACCUUUCAACUCCACUCGCCCUCCCGGGGGUCAGUGGAAGGAGAGGCUCAUAGUGGGCCAUAAUGUCAGCUUUGACAGAUCCUAUAUUAAGGAGCAGUACCUUCUAAAAGGUUCUAAAAUGCGCUUUAUGGACACCUUGAGCCUUCACAUGGCCAUCUCUGGGCUGACGGCGUUCCAGCGCUCGCUCUGGAUGGCCAAAAAGCUGGGAAAAAAGAGGGGUCUUCAGGAGGUCAAGAAGCACAUUAAGAAUGCUGGACAGAAAAAGGAGGGACUUGUGGUUGGCUCCUGGGACUGGGUGAAUAUUAGCAGCAUUAACAAUCUGGCUGAUGUCCAUGCUUUAUACGUGGGAGGGCCACCGCUGCAGAAAGAGGCCAGAGACAUUUUCGUGAAGGGGAGCAUGGUUGAUGUCAGGAACAACUUUCAGGAGUUGAUGCAGUACUGCGCCUUGGAUGUCGAGGCCACACAUCAGGUCUUCACUGAGCAGAUGCCCCUCUUCAUGGAGCGGUGCCCUCAUCCGGUGACAUUCGCUGGAAUGCUGGAGAUGGGUGUCAGCUACCUUCCUGUCAACCAGAACUGGAGCCGGUACCUGGAAGAUUCUCAGGAGGUUUACGAAGAGCUCCAGAGAGAGAUGAAGAAGUCUCUAAUGACUCUAGCUGAUGAUGCAUGUCAGCUCCUGGAUGGGGACAUGUACAAAGACGACCCCUGGCUUUGGGAUUUUGAGUGGGAUGUUCAGGAGUUUAAGCUGAAGAAAGUGGUGGCCAAGAAGAAAAAUGCAGAAAAAGCAGCUGAGACACAAACCGCCACUCCUCUUCCAGACUGGGAAGACGACCCAGGCCCUCCGUCUGAAGAGGAGAUGGAAGGACAGUGUCCCAGCAGACUGGCUGUUGAGAAACUCAAGGAAACCGCAAUUCGACUUCCAAAGAGAAGGCAACAUCUUCCUGGACAUCCAGAGUGGUACCGUAAGCUGUGUGAGAAGAUGUCUGAGGACAGCUGGUCCCCUGGAGCCAGCCUCAUCAGUCUCCAGAUGAGAGUGACACCGAAGCUGAUGGGUCUGACGUGGGAUGGUUUCCCCCUGCAUCACACGGGGAAAUACGGGUGGGGGUAUCUGGUACCUGGCCGCUGGGAUACCCUGCACGAAGUGGAGGAAACGGCAGGAAUGGUGUGCCCGCACAGUGCGAUUGAGCGCGUUUACAAAAAGUACUGUGAGCAGAACAGCAAGGAGCAGCCCAAAUGUCUGGACUCGGAUCCCCCAGAGGACCUCAUGUGGACAGACAGCACCGUGUGGACGAAGGUAGAAGAGUUGAGCUCCUUGGAAAGUUUCCCAGAAGAAAACGACAUUAGCAAUGUGAAAAAUGAGCCAAUAACGAAGAGGGAAAACCAAGAUCCACAUUUUGCCGACGAGGUGAGCCAAUGCCAUUAUCACCAUGGAAUUGGCCCCUACGACGACGUCGAUGUUCCAGGCUGCUGGUUUUUUAAAUUACCUCAUAAGGACGGUCAUCACAACAACGUCGGCAGUCCUUUUUCCAAAGACUUCCUYACUCAGAUGGAGGACGGGACUUUAAGAGCAGGAAGAGGUGGAACCAACGCAACCCGAGCUCUGGAGAUCAACAAAAUGAUGUCCUUCUGGAGGAAUGCUCACAAACGUAUAAGCUCUCAGAUGGUGCUGUGGCUAAGGAAAGGAGAGCUUCCUCAUAAUGUCAGCAGACACAAAGACUUUAAUGAAGAGGGUCAGUAUGGUGCCAUAUUACCUCAGGUUAUCACAGCGGGGACAGUAACUCGUCGGGCUGUGGAGCCAACAUGGCUGACGGCCAGUAACGCCCGGAAGGACCGGGUCGGCAGCGAGCUGAAGGCCAUGGUGCAGGUUCCACCUGGGUAUCACCUGGUGGGAGCAGACGUAGACUCGCAGGAYUUAUGGAUUGCUGCAAUACUGGGAGAAGCUCAGUUCGCCGGCAUGCACGGUUGCACAGCGUUCGGCUGGAUGACCCUUCAGGGAAAGAAGAGUCAGGGAACGGACCUACACAGUCGAACCGCCGACGCCGUGGGCAUCAGCCGCGAGCACGCUAAAGUGUUCAAUUACGGACGCAUUUAUGGCGCAGGACAGGCAUUUGCAGAGAGGCUGCUGAUGCAGUUUAACCACCGGCUGAAUCAGACGGAAGCUGCCAGCAAGGCCAGGCAGAUGUAUGRCUUAACAAAAGGCUUACGGAGGUAUCAGCUGUCAGUGGAAGGAGAGUGGCUGGUCAAUGAACUGAAUAUAGAUGUMCAGAGAGGAGAGGAUGGAACCGUCUCACUGGAGGAGUUGCGGAGGAUCAAUAGAUUGGCCGCAAAGUGCUCUCGGCGAAGAACGUGGGAUAUCGUCGCCAAACGUGUCUGGGCCGAAGGCACAGAAUCYUACAUGUUCAAUAAGCUGGAGAGUAUAGCUCAUUCAGCCCAACCAGCCACUCCCGUUCUGGGCUGCAGGAUCAGCAGAGCUCUGGAGCCCAAGGCAGUCCGAGAUGAGUUCAUCACCAGCAGAGUGAACUGGGUGGUCCAGAGCUCUGCAGUAGACUACCUGCAUCUGAUGCUGGUGGCCAUGAAGUGGCUGUUCGAGGAGUACAGCAUCGACGGACGUUUCUGCAUCAGCAUCCACGAUGAGGUCCGGUACCUCGUCCGCAGUGAAGACCGUUACAGAGCAGCCAUGGCACUGCAAAUCACAAACCUUCUUACCAGGUGCAUGUUUGCCCAUGCAUUAGGCAUGCAGGACCUUCCACAGUCUGUUGCGUUUUUCAGUGCUGUUGAUAUCGACCAGUGUUUGAGGAAGGAGGUCACUAUGGACUGCGUGACCCCCUCUAACCCCACAGGACUGGAACGAAGAUACAGUUUUAAACCUGGRGAGGCCUUGGACAUCUAUCAGAUCAUCGACAUCACUAAAGGCUCUCUGCACAAAGCAAGAUAACAGUUGAUGCAAGAACACGGUUCAUCAGCAGCUUGGAUUUAAAAAGAAAAUAACGGAGGCGCUCGAUACCAGCUCACUGUUUUCUCUUCUUCUUUUUGGGUUCCUGUGUCUCCUCUUUGUCCUGUGACUCCUCGGUCUGAGAAAUGGGAGGGG